UUUUUGACGCAUGCGCAGUAACAGCCCUGGUCACUGUGGUAACUGUUUGUUGACAGGGCCACGAGAGUUAAGAAAGAGGAAGAUGAAACUUAAGAGGUUCCUGCUCCGAUAUUAUCCUCCAGGUAUCAUCCUGGAGUAUGAGAAAGGAGGACAGCUGAGAACCAAGUCCAUAGACCUUCUGGAUUUAACUCCAAAAACAAACCCUAAUGAAGUGCUUGCAGAGAUCAGACGAUCAGAGGUUCUGAUCACAGAGACCCGAGCUGAUCAGGUCAAACAGCUGAUCCUACGACUACAGGAGAAACAGGGCCAGCAGAACCAGCACAGGUUCUGUUUCUCUAAGGAGCUGAAAGCACACAUACUGCCACUGACAAAUGUUGCCUUUGACAAAUCGGGAUCCAGGUUCAUAACGGGCAGCUACGACAGGACGUGCAGAGUGUGGGACACAGCCUCACGCUCUGAGCUGCACGCUCUGGAGGGCCACAGAAAUGUGGUGUACGCCAUUGCAUUCAACAACCCCUACGGAAAUAAAAUCGCCACCGGCUCCUUCGACAAGACGUGCAAACUGUGGUGUGCUGAGACAGGCAAAUGUUUUCACACCUUUCGUGGACACAUAGCAGAGAUAGUGUGCCUGGCAUUCAAUCCCCAGAGUACACUAGUGGCCACAGGCAGUAUGGACGCCACUGCCAAGCUCUGGGAUGUGGAGACCGGGGAGGAGCUAGCCACUCUGACUGGUCACUCUGCCGAGGUUCUCUCUGUCUGCUUUAACACAGUGGGAAAUCAACUUGUAACUGGCUCGUUUGACCAUACUGUUGUUAUAUGGGACGUUGCAUCACGAAGACGUGUUCACACGUUGAUCGGCCACAGAGGAGAAAUCAGCAACGUGCAGUUCAACUGGGACUGUUCUCUCAUAGUCACAGGCUCCAUGGACAGAAGCUGCAGACUGUGGGAGGCAGACAGUGGGAGGUGUGUGGCCACUCUGACUGGACAUAGUGAAGAAGUGCUGGAUGUGUGCUUCAAUCUAAGUGGUCACCUUGUUGCCACUGCAUCUGCUGAUGGUACAGCACGAGUGUUCAGUGCAGCUACACAUCAGUGUCUGGUGACCUUGGUUGGCCAUGAUGGAGAGAUCUCUAAGAUCUGUUUCAGUCCUCAGGGCAGCAGGCUCCUGACUGCCAGCUCAGACAUGACAGCUCGUCUGUGGGAUGUUCAAUCUGGAGUCUGUCUGCAAGUCCUGAGGGGCCACACUGACGAGAUAUUCUCCUGUGCCUUCAACUAUGAGGGUGACACCAUUGUUACAGGCAGCAAGGAUAACACAUGUCGGAUCUGGUACUGAUCAUUUCCUGGAACUAACACAUUCUUAAAUGGACAAAUACAGUGGUGGAUAACACCAGUAUGAACCACGGGCUAAUCUGACGUUGCUAAUUUGUGCUUUAUAAAAGAAUUGUAUUUUCAAAAUUUUGACUUUUAUUUUGAAGGAUUUAUUUUCACUGGUUUUGCUAACAAUUAAUUUAAUAUAAAUUUACUGAGAAUUUUCAUUAUAAUUACCAUAUCAAAUCAUGUUAAAAGUUUGAACAUAGCUACUUCACUGUGACAUGGCUUUUUAAUUUCUGUGUUGAUAAUUGUAACAUGGUUCUUUUAAACAGUCUUCACAGAUACUGGAUGUAUUUUACUGGUCACUACAGCAAGUAUGUGCAGUAUUAAAGUAACAUAACUGGUUUUUAGGUCAAAGUCUCAGAUACAGACAUGAAUAAUUUAUAUGUUUUACACUCAGCUCCUACUGUAAAAGAAAUCAGUGGCCACCGUGUUCAGAUGCUACUCUACUCUACUCUACUCUACUCUACAAAUAUAUAUAUAUAUAUGUUAUCAGCAGUGCACACAGAGACUGUGUCAAGCACGCUGCUACCUGAUGUAACCUUGCCUGUAACCUGAACCUUUUUCUGAAUCUUUCAUUACGACUGCACAAAGAUGCCAAUGCAUUAUUUUCUAACCAUGUGCUGCACCCCCCUCACGUACUCUUCUGUCACUCCUGUUCCUUUAUAUGUGGCACAAUCCUAUUCUUUGCUUUGCUUCUAUUCACAAACACGGUGUAGCUCAUACUGUGUUGAAUGAAAAAGGAGGCUAAGACUGUACGUCACAGAUUUUUAUUCAUGUCAACAGGUUAAUACAUUCAGUUCUACUGCUAAGUCCCACACCUCCACACAUUCCCUCCUUGAUCCAUGUAACUGUAGAGAAACAACA